CUUUCUGUCUGUUGCAGUUGUGUGCGGCGUCGGCGCGGAUGUGGCGUACCAUCGGCACGUCAUGGGGCUUUACGUUACGUGAGGAUAAUUCAACAUGCGUAUACCGGCGGCGUCGGGCGUGAUCUUCUUCCUGGAGGUAACCUGGGCCAUCACGCUGUUCGUGCAGCUCUGCGUCAGGACGUCUCGUGUUCUCAGGAACGAGGAUUCUUCUACCUGCUCGCGUUGCUGGUCCGGCGUUCUGGCGGCCACGCGGGGCUGGCGAAGGGCAUUGUUUUAUCUACCGUUGUCCUGCAUCCUGGCGUGGCGACCAAACAGACUUUGGCUGUCCUACGUCGCGGCCGGUCUGCUGGCGGUACUGUCCUUACUGCAUAUUGCAUCGAGCGCGCUGGGACGACGAGAUCAUUGCCAAUCGGGCGCCGACUCGGUAGGCGAGAGCCUCUUGAAUUCCAGGCAGGAGAAUUACGACCGAUUCGAGGAAGUUCUGGUGACGGAGGUUCUCGAUGACGGCGUGUCAGGAGCAGGACGCUGCCCUGGUGACAGCGACGGUGAGAUAUGACACGAGCGACGGUCCUCCUGGGCCAGCGAAUCCGACGAGGAUAGUGAGCUUGAACAGAGGACGUGUCAAAUCGCCACGCUGUCUUAGUCCGUGACAAUGGACCUCGGUCUCGUUGUGUAUCAAGGGGAGUCAAUUCAGCACUCGAUUCUGGAUGCGGCAAGAACGAACGCAAGAAAUGUGCGAGGCCGAAUAAUGCCUUCUAAAAUUAUAUAAAGGAGAGAAGUCAUUGUGAGAGAUUCAGUUAAUUUAACAAUAAGAAUUAAGACAUGAGAGAGAGAGAGAGAGAGAGAGAGAGAGAGAGAGAGAGAGAGAGAGAGAGAGAGAGAGAGAGAGAGAGAGAGAUUGAAUUUAUUGAUUUAAAUCUGCGAGAGGAAAAACAAUGCGGGAUAUCACAUCGCUGUGCGUGAGCGUGAGGGAAUAAAUGUACCCGAAUAUUUUUCUUAGACACUGGUUAGUUAUAUAUAAUUUUCUAUGCGUUAUGUCUUUUAGGAAAUGAUAGGUAUAAAGGUAUAAUAUAUAACUGUAUGACACGUACAAAACAGUCGUAAAAUUUCAUUAUAAAGCGAUCAUUCGAUAUACUAUUAAAUUGUCAAUAUAUAUAACAUUGCUAAUAAAUACUUUCUAAAAGCCUUCUA